UUUGGUUUCAAAAAGAGGAUGCCGCACGACUACACAGCCGUCGAAGUCGAUCCCCAUACACCUCCUCCCUACAUGGAUCCGACGAAUAGCAUCGCAAAAAAGAAGAGCAUGACUAUGCACAUGGUGAUCUGGCCUGCACCACGUCCGCCGGACCACAUUCGUCCUGACAACACGAAAUUCAUCGGUUACGUGAUUCUGAUCGCCGUCGUUAUUUUCCUCCUGUUCGCCGCCUGCAAAUACCUUCCUUGA